AUGGCUCGCCCACGACUAUACAAGACUGAAGAGGAACGGCUCGAAGCUGCCCGCCGCUACAAUCGAAAAUACUAUGAGAAGUAUAAUUCCUGCACGAAUUCAAGACUAAAUGCUAAUGAACGCAGGAACAAGAAGGCGAUUGGGCUCAAGAUGGCCAUGAACUAUCGUCACAAGAGGGACAACACUAAGUCGAAGCAUAGAGAUUUCGCAAGCACAUCCACGGCCCCCAAACUGACUCGGAGUCCCUCUCCACCAGCAUACGAGAACUGUGUUAUAUACAAUAUCAAGGACGCUCAAUCCCACCUUGUUGUAAUUUCUGCCGAACUUGAAGCUCUGUGCAUUAAGAUGGUACAGGACUUUCAAGACAACCGAGAAGCCGUACAGGCAUGCCUUUCCCAACAUCUUCAGACUCUGGAGCGCAUCCAGGAAUACUUGCGUUCUGCAAAUUUGGACGACAAUCAUCACCCAAAUGCCAGUGAUCCGGGUCGCACAGCAGCGGUUGGUGUGAUGUGUCGGCACAAGGCGAUCACAAUGGCUACAGAGGAAUUAUGGUGCUACUCAGCUACGAGGGAAAUAGAUGAAGAGAUGCCUUUGAAAUACAUUCGCGGAGCGCAGUGGCUCUAUUCCAUCACUGAUCUUAUUAAGGCCGAGCUUCGACGUCCAGCUGCUUCGAAGGGAGGAACAGGACACAGUUCCUCUUAUCGAUACUCUACCAUGUCCAUUAACAUGGUGCCCGCAUCCAAGCCUCAGCCUACAUCUAUCAAGAAGAAAAAACCCUUGUGGGAGGUUCAAGACGAAUUUCUGCAGAAAUUGUCACCUGAAUACUUCAGGAUUCGGGAUGAGAAGGAUCGUGUUGUUUUCUUCAACAACCUCUUUGCACGCUUUUUUGCACGAUGGCCAGAGGAGCAGACACUGUUUCCCGGUGUCACUCGACUCUCUGCAGAGCAGGCUGUCGCCGUUGCUCGGUCUGUGAAGAGGCACGAGAAGGUUGGUCUAUACCGAUGGUUCAAAUCGGCUGAAAGGCGUCGUCCAAGACACUUGCCAUAG